GUCUUGUCAAUAUUAAAUGAGGCCAAUAAAGUGUCACAUUUGAUUCCAUACACAGAGUUUUACAAUCUCGCAGUUAGUGAUAAUAACAUGCCAGAGGUAUCAAAUAUGGAGGCAUCUGGACCACAAAUCACCGCAGUCAGAUUUGAUGGAACUGUUUAGAAUGGGCCAGGUUGUUUUUUGGUGGAAAGAAAAAACUAGGAUACAUUUAUGGCCGUGUGGAAAAACCUGACUUGAAGGAUUCUAAAUAUGCAGAAAGAUCUCCCUUAUUCACAGUGAAUGAUCUCUCCUAUUCACAAGUUUUAGUGGUAAUCAAGGUGGAGGAUGUUUUAGGAGCCUUGGUGGAGGCCGAGGUGGUGGAUGUGGUUGUGGAAUCCCACAUCUGACGAGAAGGAUAAAUUAAAGUGCACGGAUUGUGGGAAGACGUGUCACACAGGGAAACAUGUUGGGAUUUGGUUGGAUGCCCAAGGCGAAAUUUUCGAAGGGAAAUUUCAGCAACAAUCAGUGAAAGUUUGGCACCAGUUACUCAAGGGCAGCAAGAUACCAUCUCGUUUGAACCUCAAUAAAAGUUCGUGAUUAUUCCUAAGAGAGAGUUCUUGGAGCUCAAGCAACAGGCUUCCAUUCGAGACCCUUCUUCCUCCUUUAAGUCUCACAUUGCACAAUCAGGUAUAUCUGCUUUGGCACAUCAUAUCUCUGUAAAUGGCUCUGAAACCCCUUGGAUUAUUGAUUAUGGAGCAACUGAACAUAUGACUGGUAUGGCUAAUGUUUUUCUCUUAUAUCCCAUGUUCUAGUCAUGAAUCAGUUAAAAUAGCAGAUGGUUCUCGUAUUCCAACCAAGGGAAAGAGAACCUUGCAUGUUGCUCUUGUUAGUAAUGUCACAACGACCCUAAACUGCAAUAUAACCUUUUUCCCUUCUCACUGUGUAUUGCAGGACUUCAUGACGGGGAAGACAUUUUUGCAUGGUCGUGAAAAUGGAGGGUUGUACUUUUUGGAGACUCGUGAUCGUGUCUUGACUGUAGCAGUCACAUCUUCAAUUACUAAUAAAGAAAGGGUGUAUUUGUGGAACACCCGACUUGUUCAUGCAUCAUCUUUUACUUUGCAUCCUUUAGUUCCUAAAUUGUUUGAGUCUCUGAGUCAAGUUCAAUUGCAAUGUGACAUUUGUGCAUUGUCAAAACAUUGUAGAACUUCAUUUCCUAUCAGUAUCAAUAGAAAGAGUGAUGUUCCUUUCUCUCUUAUACAGUUUGAUGCGUGGGGUCCUUGACCAGUUGCAUUUGUGUUUGGAUUUCGUUUCUUUGUUACAUUUGGAUGAUUUUUCUUGACUUACAACUGUCUAUCUAAUGAAACACAGAGAUGAGGUUGCUAAUCUGUUCGAAGCCUAUCACAAAAUGGUUAAAACUCAAUAUGAUGCACAAAUUAAAGUCUUGCGGUUUGACAAUGGGGGUGAAUAUGUCUUAAACAAACUCAAAGGUUAUCUUCUUUAUGAAGGGAUUGAGUUCAAAACAACAUGUCCAUACAUACCUCAACGGAUUGAUAUAGCUGAGAGAAAAAACAAACACCUGUUCGAAGUCACUCAAGCUUUGUUACUGAGGAUGUUCUAAAACUUUUUCAGUUUGGAGCAGUUCUUGCUGCUGCUUUUUUAAUAAAUCGCAUACCCUUUUGUGUUCUUGAGGGAAAAUCACCAGAUGAAAGUGUUCAUACCAACUCAUCCAUGUUCCUUGUAUCUCCCAAGGUGUUUGGUUGUGUAUGUUUUGACCACAUCCUUGGUCGAAAGAGGGGCAAGCUUGAUGCUAAAGCAACCAAAUGUAUUUUAUUUGGGGAUAUCCAUCUCAUCAAAAGGGGUACAGGUGUUAUGAUUAUAGUACCACGAUCUGCUAUGUCUCCAUGGAUGUCACUUUCCUUGAAUUUGUUCUAUACUUCUUCUCUAUAGGUCAUGAGUGUUCUCUUCAAGGGGAGAAUAACAUACAGUUUAGUGAAGAGUACACAUCGGUUGUUCCUCUUUCUAUUCCCACACCACUUUUAUCUGAAGAGAGUGGUUUAUCUGAAAGGAAUGGUACACAUUCAAAGGAGUUGAAGUAUACCAGGAGGAAGAAAAUGGUACAACCCGAAGUUCAAAGAGACCAUACCUCUAAUGCUAACCCGAAAUCAGAAAUUGUUGCUGACCCAGGUAACUCUUUCAACCUCUUUGAGAAUCCUAAUUUGGACUUACCUAUUGUUGUCUACAAGGGUACACGUUCUUACAAUCAACAUCCAAUAGGAAACUUCAUAUCCUACAAUUUUGUGAAUCCCUCUCAUCAUGCCUUAAUAUCUGCUUUGUCUUUUGUUAAAAUACCUUCCAGUGUUGUAGAAGCACUUUCACAACCUCAAUGGAAAGCUGCAUAUGUCCUGAGAUAUGACCACUUGAGCGGAAUAAUACAUGGGAAUUCACUAACCUUCCUGAAGGGAAAAAGGUUGUAGGAUGUCGAUGGAUAUUCACCGUAAAAUACAAAAUGGAUGGUACUACGGAAGAUUGGUUGCAAAAGGUUUCACCCAGACUCCUGACAUAGACUACCAAGACACUUUCGUGCCUGUGACCUAGUUGAACACUGUGAGGAUCAUUCUUUCACUAACUAUGAAUAAAUCGUGGCCACUUCAUUAGCUAUAUGUUAAGUAUAUAUUUUUACAUGGAAACAUCCAAGAAGAAAUUUAUAUGGCCAUGCCUCCUGGUUUUUAGAUUAAGGGGGAGACAGGAAAGGUUUGCAAGUUAAAGAAGGAAAUAUAUGAAUUUAAAGAGUCUCCUAGAGCAUGGUUUAAAAAAUUCAUUGAGGCACUGUUGAAAUUUGUGAUCAAAAGGAGUCAAGCUGAUCAUACACUUUUUGUGAAGAAGGAUACUGCAGGAAUUACUGUCCUUAUAGUGUAUAUUGAUGAUAUUAUUGUGGCAUGGGAUAAUGUGAAGGGCAUUGAGGACCUUAAAUCUUAUUUAAGCAUUAUGUUUGAUAUCAAAGGUUUAGGACCCCUUAAGUAUUUUUUGAGAGUUGAAGUGGCAAGAUCAGAGAAAGGAGUAGUUAUCUCCCAGAGAAAAUAUGUUGGACUUGUUACAACAAACGAUGAUGUUGAGAUCUAGAUCUGCUGAUAGUCCUAUAGAAGUCCAUCAUAAACUUCAUAGAGAAAGGGGAGCGCUACUCAAAGAUUCUAAUCAAUAUUAAUGAAUAAUGGGCAAGCUUGUAUAGCUCACAAUUACGUGACCAUACAUUUCUUAUGCGGUUAGCGUGGUCGGACAAUUUAUGCGUACAUGGCAUAAACCCCACCUCAAUGUUGCGUAUAGAAUAUUGAGUUAUCUCAAGUCUGCACCAAGGAAAGGGAUAUUUGAAUCAAAUCAAGAACAUGUUGUAGUUUAUAGAGAUGCGGAUUGGGUUGGUUGACAAACUAAUAGAAGAUCCACAACUGGCCAUUAGACCUUUGUUUUGGAAAAGUUGGUUACUUGGAAAAGCAAGAAGCGAAAUGUGGUGGCAAGAUCAAGUGCUGGAGCAGAAUACAAAACAAUGACUCAUGGUACAUGCGAAAAAAUGUGGAUCAAAAGCGUUCUUUUUUAUUUGAGUGUUAGAGUUAAGCGUCUCAUGACUCUAUAUUGUAACAAUGAAGCAACCAUUCAUAUCGCAGAAAUCUUGUUCUUCACGAAAGGACUAAACACAUUAAAGUAGAUUGUCACUUUAUCAGAGAGAAGGUUGCUUCCAUGAUCAUUCAGAUUCCUCAUGUGAAGUCUAUAGAUCAACUUGUAGAUAUCUUCACCAAAGCCAUAAGAUGGAACAAAUUACAUGAUAUCACAAGCAAGCUGGGCAUGUGUAAUAUCUAUGGACCACAUUGAGGGGGAGUGUUGGAAAUAAAAAGAAUAAGAUUUAUUGUAUUUGAUGGAUAAAACUAUCAUUUAUCUUUGGUUUAGUCCUUAUUUGUCUUAUGUCUCUAGGUAAGGGCAAUAUUAUCCAUAAAUUGUAAUAAGGGUUAUUACUUGAUGUUAUAAGAGGUGAAGAGGUCACAAGUGUUCCCUAAGCCAAUCAAUUUCCCUCUCUAUCUCUUUAUCUCUCACAUGUCUCUCUCUCUCUCUCUCUCUCCUUCAUAAUCUUUAUUUUUUUUCCUCACUUUCUUAAGAUCCUACCAAAUUGUUUUCUUCUCUACUUUAAUUUCGAAUGUCUCUAGUCUCAUCAAUCAAAACUAUGUCAACUGCAAAAAGUAUAUAUCAUGGGACCUCAUCGUCUUGAUGCCUAGUUGACUCAUCCAUCACCAAAGUAGAGAGAUAUGGCUCACUGCUGACUCAUGUUGUAGGCCUACUACUGUCACUGAAAACUCGCUUGUUUCUCCACUAGUUGUCCUCACAUUUUUUAGUGUCCCUUAUACAUUAUCCCUCAGCAUGUCAAUGUUUCCUCAUGAGACUUUUUUUUUCCAGCACCCACCAAAUUCUCUCGCUAGGUACCCUAUCAUAUGCCUUUUUAAAAUCAACAAAGGCCAUGUGGGUGUAGUUUCUUUUCUUCUUAAACUUCUCAAUCAAUCGCCUAAGUAGGAAAAUAGCUUCAGUGGUUGACCUCCCUGACGUAAAACCGAACUAAAUUUUUGAUAUACGUGUUUCAUGUCUUAGUCGUUGCUCAAUCACUCUCUCCUACUAUUAAAUAAUAUAUUUAUGAUAACGUUUUUUUGGGUAUUUGACCCUUCAAAUAAAAUCGAGAAUGAGUUACUUUGUUCUAGGUAGUUUACUUCGUUCCUUCGUUUCAAAAGACCCUAUCUAAAUCUUUCAUCUUCCAAUGAGACUCCCCACUGUGUGUUUCCUUGGGGCAACAUAAGGGCAUUAGGGAGCAUGAGAUAGCCCCUCCCUGUCUUUGCAUCAAUGCUGUCUUGAAUCCUAGCUUUCUGUAAAGGUUCGACCAAAUAAAGUUUAGAUUUGUUUGAAACCCCUCUCUGAAUUUUGAUAUAACUGAAAAUCCCAAAAUGGGGAUAAUCUUUGGACUGGUAUAAUUGAGUUUGUUGUUUUGUUUUUCUGUUGUGUUUUAAUCCAAUCAAAGAACUCAUGUAAGAACUAGUUUUUGCUGCAUGGAACUCCGGGAACCUGAAAGAUGACAAUCAUUGUGGAAAUCAUCUUACAAGAAACUGAAUCGUAAUGUUAUGCUGUAGCUGAAAACUCUUGCUGGCCAAGGGAUUGCCUGUCGUCUCUGUUGCUUCCCUCAAGCCUUAUUGACUGCCUCCUCCGCUUCAGCCUUGUAUCUCUGCCUGCCUUCCUUUAAUAAUCUCUUCCUCUCAUUAUUCCCCCCUUUUUUGGGGGAGAACAUAUGCCUUUUGGCUUCUCCUCGUGUGGACUUACGCAUUCUGUCAACGUAGGUACCCCACACCCCAAACCUCUGAAUGCUCCUCCUCACCCUGCUCAUUACAACCCAUCAGCUCCAGAGCAUUUAAUCUCAUUAACAAUUCCAAUCACCCAACAUCCCCCUUCGCCAGAUUCUCCCUGCCAAGACAAUAUUGAAAGGGUACCCAGAAAUGGGCCUACUUAAUCUAGAAAUCCAGGUUCAUUACCUGUUACACACUGCACGAUGGCCAUCAUCUAGUUUCCUUCCCCUCCAGUGAGCUUUGUCAAGCUGCUGCCCUAUCCAAAGGUCUAGCAUUCAAAAAUGGAAAACCCAUUCUCUCUCCUAGGACCCUGGCCUUCGCUGCUACUCUCCCUCUUUGCUUCUGGAUCCAUGUUCGUGGAUGUACCUUUUCAUUAUUUGUUGAAGGAUGGUUUUCUUCCCGGUAACAUUAAUUUAGGUAACCUAAAUACUUAAUCUCAAUACUUAAUUUAGGUAACCCAGUCUCAAGACGAUUGUUUCAUUGCCUGAUUCGUCUUGCUUCAGUUGAAAGUUGAUCACAAGACCUGAUAUUUGUAUGUAUGCUAUUAAACUUAGGAGAAUGAUGAAUAUGCAUGUUUAUAACUUCGUCCACUUUCCGGGGACUCUUCAUAAGAAGUUCUGUGUUUGUGCAUAUCCGAAUGAGACACUAGGCAUAUGGAAGUGGAACAUAAGUUUUUCUUUUUCUGUUAGUUUCUGGAGGGAAGGUUUAAAAGUUUGUUGUUAUUCUUUUUAUUGAAACUUCAUCCAGUUUGCUGGGAAUGUUUUGCAUUGAGAUGCUUCUUGCUUCCCUUCAGUCUGUCUCAUUUCAAAUGCACACUUGGAUUUCUAUUUGCUGCGGUUUUAGAAUGUCAAUUACAUGUUUUCUUUCUUAUGCUGGCACUACUUUGCUGCUAUUGUUGGACUUCUAUGGCAUUUGCUGGAAAUAUUCCCAUGGGACAUUAAAAAAUGAAUUCAAUAAAAUUUGUUUGUUCAACUUGUUCUUGAACAUCAGUAACUGUUUAUUUGUAAACACGUACCUUUAUUUUUGUUUUGUAAACAUACAUACUCAUAAGCAUCAUUGUACCCAAGUGUAUUACUUUUAAUAGAAAUCCAUUUUAGUGUUCCUAUAAGAUUUGCAGUGUAGUUUCUUAGGAGAAUGGGUGUAGUUAAUUCAUUAAUAUACAAUACAAUAUCAAACCUUUAAUGGAUAUGCUUUUGUUUAUGAUGUUGACUCUGUGUUGUGAUAUUUAAGUUUUGGCAGGAAGAGUUUAUGAAAUGGAUAGAUGUUUCUAGUGGGAAGGCAACAAGUGAACUCAUCUCCUUCUGCCAGGUUCCAUUUUUACUGACACCAAAGGCUAAAAGCCAAAUAUUACAGGUAGAGGCCGAUAUACAGAAGCAAUUAUCAGUGCAGAAGUCUGUGUUUCAACAUACCGUUUUGCAUUCCUCUUCAAGUCCUUUCCUUAUUUUAAAGGUACACCGCAGUGAUCUGAUUUCGGACACUCUCCAACAAUUGUCCAGCUCAUGUCCUGAUGAAUUCAAGAAGCCUCUGAAGGUUAUAUUUGAUGGAGAAGAUGGGGUUGAUGAAGGAGGUGUAAGAAAAGAGUUCUUCCAGAUUUUAGUUCAUGAUCUUUUUAAUGUCGCAUAUGGAAUGUUUACUUAUAAUGAAGAAACGAGGAAUUUUUGGUUUAAUCCCAAUUCAAUUGAUUCUGAGCAUGAAUUUUGGCUGGUCGGUAUAAUCUUUGGUCUAGCUAUAUACAAUGGUGCCAUUCUUGAUGUUCACUUCCCCAAAGUCGCAUAUAAAAAAAUGAUGGGUUUAAGACCUAGCUUGGAUGACCUGAAAGAUUUUCGUCCUGACAUUGCAAAGGGUCUGCAACUUCUUUUGGAGUUCUCUUCUGAUGUAGCUGAGACCUUUUAUUUGUUUUUCCAGAUUACUUACGACUACUUUGGGGAGCUACAUACGCAUGAUCUUAUACCUAAUGGAUGUGAUACACCAGUAACAAAUCAAAAUAGACAAAGGUAUGUUGACCUUUAUGUGAAGUACUUGUUGGUAGAUUCUAUUGAUAAACAGUUCUCGGCAUUUUCGAAGGGAUUCCAACAGGUUUGUGGAGGCCAAGCUCUACAACUUUUCCAUUAUGAUGAGCUAGAGUUGUUAAUUUCUGGCUUACCUCAUUAUGAUUUUGAUGCAUUGGAAAGAGUUACUGUUUAUGAUGGUGGCUACACAAAGGAAAGUGAACUCAUUGUGUGGUUUUGGGAGCUGGUGAGGGAAAUGAGUCUCGAGGAAAAGAAAGCAUUACUUUUCUUCACUACUGGAAAUGAUAGAGCACCUGUUGGUGGUCUUGGUAGUUUACAGAUUGUCAUUAUCAAACACGGUGGUGAUACUGAUAGGUUGCCAACUGCGCAGACCUGUUUCAAUGUUCUAAUGCUUCCCGAGUACUGCUCGAAAUCGAAGCUAGAAAACCGGCUAAAACUUGCCAUAUCAAAUUCAACUGGGUUUGGUUUGCAAUGAGGUGACAGUGGAAGCUCAAGAAGUUUCAGCUGGCAUGAGAAGCUCUUUAUUAUGGUGUCUACGGUUGACAAUAAGCAUUAGUUCUGUCGGGUGCUUUAUUUAUUCGUGUAUAUACGGUAAUGUUUUUUGCCGGACAACGAAUUGAUAAACCUUGUUCCUUUUUAACUUUAGGUUAGGAUGCCAGUUUUGUGUACAUAGUUUGUUUCUGGCCUUCCUUUAGUUGUACAUUCUACUACUAUAGGUGUUAAAUGUCAGAAAACAUAAAAAAUAAAGGAAAGCACCUCGGUUGCUUUGGUGUAUUUUUCUUGA